AUGGGAUCCGUCAGCAAGUGGGUGUUGACAUUAGCAGUUCUGGGUGUAGCGUUAUCAUCCGCUUUCCCAGCGGCAGAAGAAUACGACGCUAGAGGAAAUCAAGAUAUAUCUACUGACAAUUCUGAGUCACUCAUUGAAGAUGGAAUCGAGACAGCGUAUCGAUUCAUACAAAGUUGCGGAGAUAAAGACAUGUCACUUUGUUUAAAGAUGAGGGCAUUAACAUUCGUGGACAGAGCGCUGAGGAGGACAGGUGAUGUGGAGGUGUUUGAUGGAGUGUCCUUGGUACGAACCCAGGACGGUCUGGACGUUUCUAGAGAAGUGAACGGCCGCGCUUUAUCAGAAGCUGAACUAGACGCUAGCCUUCCGAAAAAUGCAGAUGAGAGGGACGCUCAAGUUGAGACGCUGCUGGUUGACAGACUUGCCAAGUUCCUCCAGAGCCACACACUGCAAUUCAAGGUCCCUGAUUCUGCAAUCUCUGAAGUGAAGAAGACCCUCGAUGAAGCAAGAGGGAAGAGGAAGAAGCUGAAGAUGUUGCUACCUCUGCUUCUGCUGUUCAAGCUGAAGGCUGCUGCUUUGAUUCCCCUGGCACUGGGUGGCCUGGCACUGCUUGCCCUGAAGGCUCUGCUUGUGGGUAAACUCGCCCUUCUGCUGGCUGGCAUCAUCGGGUUGCAGAAACUACUGGGCAACAAGCAGAACACCCAAACCUACGAAGUAGUGGCACAUCCCCACUACACACACAGUUCUUACGGUGAUGAGCACGGACAUGGCCACUACGCCAGGGCCCUUCCCGACACUGAAAACAAUGACCCACAUCAACUCGCCUAUCGGGCGUAUUCUGCGAACACCAAACAAGAAUAA